GCUGUAAUUUAGCAUUGAUCAAGUAGUGACUUACGUAAAAUCAGUUUAACAUAGCAAGAGUACUAGUUUUAAGAACAUAUUUUUGUGUUUUAUUGUGGAACUUAUCAACCGUUAUAGUGAUAGUGUUACAUAAAACAUUUUGUUAUCGGAGGACAUUUUGUUUCGUUCGAGUCGAUUGAAUAUAUUUUUUGACAAUGGCUUUACAUGUCGGCUUAUUGAAUAAGAGCAGCUUAUUUUUAAGCGGAAGUCGCCACUUACAUUUAUUACAUAAAAAUGCCUAUAUUAAUGGACAAUGGGUGAUUGCGGCCAGCAAGGAAGUGUUUCCUGUAUUUAAUCCGGCGGAUGACCAAAUUAUCACCGAAGUUCCUGAUAUGGAUGCUGUCGAUGCUAAAAUUGCAGUCGACGUUGCUGCAAAUGCUUUUAAAACUUGGAAAGACACAACCGCAAAAGAGAGAUCUUAUAUAUUACGAAAAUGGUAUGAUUUAUGUGCAAAGAACACAGAUAGUCUCGCACACAUUAUAACUGCUGAAGCAGGAAAGCCUUUGGCUGAGUCUAAAGGAGAAAUUGCUUACGGAAAUUCAUUUCUAGAAUGGUUUGCAGAUACUGCUCGACAUAUCAAUGGAGAAAUUGUUCCGAGCCCAUGGCCUAACAAGACAAUAAUGUUGACGAGACAACCAUUGGGUGUUGUUUCAGUUAUUACGCCUUGGAAUUUUCCAUUUGCUAUGAUUACUCGAAAGGUAGGCGCUUUACUAGCAGCUGGAUGUACGUGUGUCAUUAAACCAGCUGAAGAUACCCCCUUGACUGCUCUGGCUGCAGCUCAACUAGCAGAGGAAGCGGGCGUACCCAAAGGUGUGAUCAACGUUGUAACAUGUAGUAGAAAAAAUGCUCCUGCUGUGGGAAAAGUUUUAUGUGAAGAUCCUAAUGUAGGAUGUAUUUCCUUCACUGGCUCAACUCAUGUAGGAAAACUUCUUUACGGAAUGGCAUCUAAAGGGAUAAAAAGAGUUAGCCUCGAAUUAGGUGGCAAUGCACCAUUCAUAGUAUUUCCAAGUGCUGAUAUUGAAUAUGCAGUGGAACACGCUAUGCUUGCUAAAUUCAGAAAUAAUGGACAAGCAUGUGUUGGUGCUAAUAGAUUUUUAAUACAUAAAGAUGUUUUUGAUAAAUUUAUACAAGCAUUUAAGAACAAAAUUGCAAAGAGUUGUAUAAUGGGUCCUGGUAUAAAAGAGGGUGUAACAUGUGGACCAUUGAUUAACACAGAACAAACUAAAAAGGUUACUGGUUUAGUUGAAGAUGCACUUUCUAAAGGUGCAAAAGCUGUUAUUGGAGGUAAACCUGCCCCAGAAGUAGGCAAUAAAUUUUAUGAGUCUACUAUCCUUACAGAUGUAAAACCAGAUAUGAAAAUAUACAGUGAAGAAAUCUUUGGACCAGUUGCUGUGUGUCAUAAGUUUGAAACUGAACAUGAGGUACUUGAAAUUGCUAACAGCACAAGAAAUGGCCUAGGAUCCUAUGUUUUCACGAAGGAUCUCGGUCAGGCUUUUAGAAUGUCUCGUCAGUUAGACUUUGGCAUGGUCGCUAUCAAUGAUGGUAUAUUAUCAGCAGCAGAACCGGCAUUUGGUGGUAUCAAGGAGUCUGGUAUUGGCAGAGAGGGCAGCAAACAUGGUGUAGAGGAGUACACAGAUAUAAAAUAUACUUUAUUUUCCGCUUUGGAUAAAUAAAUGCUUAAUUGACGAGCCUAAAAAUGUUACUAUUGAUUCUUGACUUUGGUUUUAAAAAAAAGGUGUGUUAAUAUUUUAUUUUAAAGUUACUAAAAUUUGAUUAUGAAAUCUUAUAUAUUAUCAAAAAGUCCGUUUCUUGUUAUUACUGUUAAUGUAUAAAAAAUCAUUCCAGUCUUCCAUAAAAUGUGAUUUUAGAAUAGUUUUAUCAGAUCUGUAUCAUAAGAUUUUGCAAUAAAUGUUAAGUUAAAUAAUAAAUGUAAAUAUGUGAAAACUUUGAAUACUAAUUAUUUAUGAAUUUGCA